GUUGCUAUUUCAAUUGAAUGGAGUCUAUCUUGAGCUUUGCUUCUCGCAUUCUGAUUGUCGAGUUCAUAUUUGUUACCGAGAUUUCGGAAUUCAGGGAAGAGCCUCGCUUUUGUUAUUUUGAGUUUUUGUUAUCCUGUAUUGAAAUUUUUCAUUGCCUUCCUAUUCUUAUUUUUUUUUGGCAAGGACGAUGACUUUUUGAAAUUUG